AUGGCGCCCGAGCACACCGAGAACAUCCAGAUUGGAGCCAUCAUUGCCAAUCCUUGCCGCCCGAACGAAGUGCUCACCACCCCCGACAACUUGAAGCUGGAUGCAUUCUAUCCUCCGAUAGAAGAGAAGCUUGAACGCAAUCGGCUCUUCUCGUGUGGAAUGUCGAUGAUGUCUGUCAAGAAAGAGAAAUACACCAGAUUUGAUCUUGAAGCAAGUAUUCUUGUAACGAAAGAAUUCCAACAUGCCCCCAGACAAACGGAGAUUAUGGCUCGAUUGGCAAAUCCCACAGUCGACCAGUAUGUGAAUGAGCCUACACGGUCAUCACUGGGCCUCUUGAGUCGCGAAAACCCAGUUUACAUGAUAACUGGGCUGAAAUUUGCCAAGGGCAAAAUCGUCUUCCGAGAUACGAAAUCAGAGGUCACGGAGCUUCGCUUUAGAUACGGCAUAGUCGACCCCACCAGAUGGACUGAUCGGAAUCAGAGCGGCAGCUCGGCGCACCAAUGGAAGAAGGAUGAGGACACAAUUGUGGCGUACAAGUUGCUGAAGAUUGAGAAGAACCACCAGCGACAGAAUAGUUCUGAUGGUGAACUCAUCCUGAGCGAGGUUACCUUGGAGGGUUUUGAGCGAUUCUAA